AUGGAGUGUCUCGUUGCUGCGCCUACCGAGCCUGCCGCUACGAUGGCAGCACAAAGCGGCCUCGAGCCGUUUCGCCUCAUGGACCUUCCCACAGAAUUGCGCCUCAUGAUCUACAAGCGACUCCCUCGUCAGAUCAAGCAUACUGAGCUUCGAUAUGACGACGGCCUUGAGGUUGACUCGGUCAUCCUGGUCACACGUCAACUUCCAACGGCUCUAUUGCGUGCAAGCCGUGAAAUAUACGCUGAAGCGCACGAUAUUGUUGCCGCUCUGAUUCGGACCUUUGUGAAAGAGUCGCAGCCAAGGGUCAUCGAACAUGACUCCUACGUGCAAAUGCUUGAUGUCCUCAGAGCUGUUUCGACAGAACGUGAAAGGCUUGCUCCUGGUCGAUCCUGUCUUAUGAUUAGAGUCAGUCAAAGACACCCAGAAUUUGUCUACCACCCCGAGGAAACCGAACCACCUCGCGAGGUCACACAAUUUAUCUGUCAAGCUACAUUAGCGACCAGCAACACUAUCGCGAUUAUAUCUUGCGUCGAUUUCGACAGCACAGCAGAUCACUGUCGUCUGGUUCGGGAAGCUGAUAGGCGAAAGGACAUUAUAAACACAACGCUCCAGCGUUCGUAUCGCCCAGAUCCGUGUGCUCAAGUGGAUGAGACCUGUAUGGUUCUCCAUGCACCUGAUGGGGAGAUUAAGCUGACGGCCACCAACACUCCCGCCAAACUUGACUGGAGGGAGCUCUAUGAAUCCAAUUGCUUCAACGAUGUCUCGACUACUCAUAUCAGCCAGGAAACUUGGGUCGAGGAAUGGCUACCUUCUAUGUAA